GACAAACUUAUAUCUUGUCUUAUCUAAUUAAUCGGUGCAUGGGUAACACAAAUGAAACAAAAGCCGUAUUUAUAACUAUUUUAUCUAGAGUCGACAAUGAAAAUCACUUCAGUGCUUGUUCUCUUCUUUACGAUACUGGUGGGAAAUAUAUAUUGUUUAGAAUGUUACAGUUGUAACAAUGUCACUGACGUCAAACAUUGUACAUCAUCAACUACUUGUGUCGACGCUCAGUCUUGUUAUGUGGAGAAAUCUAAUGUAGGUCAUGGUAUCACAUUUGAGAUGGGAUGUCUUGACAAUACGAAAUGUGGUAACCGGUAUCCCCUUGGAAGUUUAGUUGGUAAAAGACAAGUUUCACAUUGUCAUGAAUGUUGCUCCACAGACCAUUGUAAUAGUAACCUAUGUGGAUAUUCUCGAGAGAUAAGUUGUGAUGACGAUCCUACCGUUGACUGUGCCAGACUCGAGUCUCUUUUCUCCGUGUGCCAGGAUUCAACAAAGGCUCAUGAACUGUGCCCAAGGUUUUGUGGGCUAUGUAGAAAUGGUUCUCUACCAACAAUGAAUCCAGGUCAACUAACAACUGAAGGUAGCUGUCAGGAUAUGAAAAGUAAUUGUGACAUAUAUGAUGACGCCGCUUGUACAGGAAUUUUUGAAAGUUGGGCACGUGCUCAUUGUGCAAAAAGAUGUAACCUUUGUGAUCGAAUUGCGACUACAACUUCCGGUCCACCACCAAUGAUUGGAUCAACUUCCGGUACUUCAUCUAGGAGGCCUGGGUUAGUAAUCGUUAGUGGCAGCAGUUAUAAAAUUCAGGGAAUAAAAUCGCCUGUCAGCGGUACAUGCUUUUUCAACAAUCAGACUUUCAACUUAGGUGACCAUUGGCAAGAUACUUGCAGAUAUGAUUGUCGUUGUAUCGAAACAAGUUCAAAUACUGCACAGUGUCAAGACGUUUGCCCUCAUUACUCAAGUCUGCCACCAUCAUGUACGAUCAGACAGAAAUCGGGUGACUGUUGUCCGAAACUAGACUGUGGCAAUGAGACUGAUAUAACAUAUCAUCCUGGUCCUGUUAACACAACAGCAAUCAUAAAUGCCAGUGGCUGCCAGGACAAGAUUCCCGGAUGUGAAUAUUAUGAGGACGUUGUUUGUAGAGGAAUUUACGAGCCCUGGGCGCGUGAUCAUUGUUCGCUUAGAUGCGGAUACUGUGGAUAUUCUGCGCCAUGUGUUGACAAUUUGACGUACUGUAACGCCUACGAAUUAAGAACUGCCUGUCGAGACUUCCCUGGUUGGGCAAGAGUCAAUUGUAAGAAAUCCUGCGGUCUAUGUAGCUAAUUGAAUAAAAACGAAAAUAAAAACGCCAUAAAGUA